CAUUAAAAUGUCAUACAAACCUAAAAAUAAGAAUCAAGUCAAAAAGAAAUUCAAGUCACAACGAGGCAGAGGUGAUCAUAAACCUCAUAAUCAGCAUACAAAUAACCAAUGGGAUGACCCGAACUCUUCAGACGUAAUGCUGGGUAUGCCAACUCCAACAGACUCAAUGGCAGAGCCAUUAGUCUUAGGAGCAGAUGCGAGUAAAUAAACCAAUUACAAGAGGAUUUAAGCCUGGUGACAAAAGGAAAGAAAAGCAUUAUAAAAAUAAGCAGGAGGAGUUUUCCAAGGUUAACAAUAACGAUUCGUUUCCUACCCUUGGAUCUGAGGUACCUGCAAAGACCAAUAAGGAAGUAAGGAAAGAGAGCUAUGACAAUCCUUCAAAGACUCAAAAUAAAGUUCCCCGGGAAAACACAAGAGAUAAUAAAGCUGAGGAACCUUCUCGAUAUCAAUCCUCUUCUCCUGUCAAACCUCCUACCGGUAAAUUAGAUGGCCAGAAUAAGACAGAGGCAAUGACUCCUCCACCCAAUAUGGCUCAUCUUCCUAAUAAUUUAUCAAACUCACCUCUUCAUAUGCCUCAGGCAAUGUUCCCAGGAAUGGCUCCGAAUAUGCCAAAUAUGAUGCCAGGAACUUUUCCAAAUCAAAAUAUGCAAAUGCCGAUGAUGGGUCAAAUGAUAAUGAUGAUGCCACAGAUGGGAAUGACUCCUCAACCAUUUAUGAUGCAGCAACCAAUGGCACCUAAUGUGAGCAUGGUUCCAGGACAGUCAUCUCCUGAUUCCAAAAGCAAUACCAAAGCUUCACCGACUAACAAUGAAAAUAAUUUAUCAUCUCAUCAGAAACACCCAGGCAUUGAAAAAUAAGCAGGAAAAAUAUCUUCCUCAAGAUCCUGCAAUUACCUCUCAAAAUAUUGGUUCUUCAACUUUGCCUUUCGAUGACCCGGCUAUCAGUAUUCCAAAGAUGGAACAAAGACAGAACACUGUGCCAAAACCAGAGGUGAAAGAAAAAAUGGCUAAACCACCUCCAGCUAAGCCUGAAGGAAUGCAGCCUCCUCCACCUCCUUUUCACAAUAGUGGGAGUAAUCAGCCACCAAUGGCUCAGGUUGAUCAGAAGCAAGGAUCCCUUGAAAAUGAGCAAAAAGUAAGAUCAUCUACUCAACCCCAACAGCAAAAGCCAGCAAUGCCAGUUCCUCUUCCUGCUAAGAAGCAAGCAGAAGAGGUGCCGUUUGACCUUAUCAUAGAAAGUGAUUUAUCUCUUCGAAAAAGACUAAAAUGGCUCAACACAAAAGAAGAGAAGCUAGCAAAAAUAGGCUCAAUAGCUUUAGAAACUUAUGACGACAUAUUCACUGAGCUUGAAGAAGAAAUUGAAAAGGCUGAGCAGCAAACUCUUGCUCAGAUUGAUCAGCUAGAGUACAAUCCCGAGAUAGUCUCUUACACAAAGGAAAGGGACAUUCACAUCAUGAAGGAAAAGGAUCCUGUGAGAAUUUCUGCUGACUUUGAAAAAUACUUGAAUACUCUACUGAGGACAGAUGUCGUAAUCAGACAAAGCUACAGAAGAGAUGCAUACUUUAAGAUCCAUAGUUUUCAAUGGAAAUCAAGGCAGAUCCAUACUUAUAAUCUCAUAAGUGGGGAGCUAGAAUCGACUUUGAUAGAUGCAAACUUUAAUAUCCCAUUAUUCUCAAGAUCAAUUGCUAUAGAGAAUGGAGAUAUUUAUCUGACUGGUGGUUUAGUGAAGCCAUAUUAUCUCAAGACAACUUUCUUCCUUGAUGAGGCCUCUAGUACACUUGUAAAGAGAGCAGACAUGAAUUUACCAAGAGCAGAUCAUUCUUUGAUUUAUCUUGCAGGAUAUAUCUACGCUAUCGGAUCUUAUGUUCAUAAUAAGUGCAAUAACACCUGUGAAAGAUAUGAUAUUUAUAAAAAUAAGUGGACUCCAAUUGCUUCUCUCAAUAUUGGAAGAGCAGGUGUGGGACUCUGCACUGUCGACAAUACAUAUUUAUAUGCAUUUGGAGGGAGAAAUGAGCAAAGAGUUAUACUCUCAGCUAUUGAGUGUUACAAUAUAGCAACUGAUGAAUGGAAAGAAGUAGAAUUCCAACAAAAGGAUAACUGGAUCCCAUGUUAUAUGAGUCUUGCUCAUCAAAUUUCUGAAAAUGAAAUUAUAGUAUUUGGUGGAAAAUCUGGUAAAACUCAACUUGUUUCAAAGGAAAGUUACAUCUAUAACAUUGAAACUCAAGAAUUUAUCGAUGGGCCGGCUCUCAGAAACCCCUCUAGCUUCAUGAACUCUAUAAUCUCUUGGAAAGAUCAUCUUUAUGUCUUCGGAAAUGAUGUUUAUAUCCAUAGAUUUUCACUCGUGGAUCAAUCUUGGUCUAUCAAAGACAAACAUCACACGAACACCGAGCAGAUUCAAAAAUGGCUCUAGACAAGCUCAGUAAUGGUGGUUUACCUAACAACAAGGCUAGACCUAAAC